AUGACCAAUCCACCGGAGACUUUUUUCGACUACUAUAAACUACCAGGACCUUGGUACAACUUCAAAUACACGAUUUAUUACUGGUUUUUCACAGCGAUCAAGACGAUUUUGCGUUUUUUUGACGUACAUACGAAGCACGGUAAACCGGAAGACAACGACGGGCCACACGAACUUAACGACAAUAUUGGCUAUGACGCCACUUGGAUUGGAGGCACCACGCCCGACGGUAAAUGGAUCAUAUUAGCACUUGAUAGACGAAACGAAAGUAAAAUGUCCAUAGGAUAUGCGUGUUUAAAGAUUCCGGGAAUCGGACACCUGUCUACUCCGAUGUAUCCAAAUUCCAUGGAUAACGCUUUGGGAAACAGCGACGAUGGUUUCACUUUGGACAAAUUUACUUUGACGGUGAUCGAACCUCUCCGACGGUGGAAAGUCAAUUUCGAAGGUAAAAUGACGUUUGUGGACGAUCCGGACACCUCGGCCCACGUAAAAAUAACAGCCGAAUGGACGAGCCAAAGUGACGUGUGGCUACUGAACCGGGACUUGAGCAGCGAAUCGUUCGCCGACUCUUUUGCGCUGGAAAACUGGAGCAUGUUCUCCGCCACCCUAUUCGACCGUUCCAAAGACGACGUGGUGCAUUGGGAGCAGUUCGGUCGAUUGGACGCGGACAUCGAGAUCGACAGGAUCGGAAUUGAAAUUCGCAACGCGGCUACCGUCAGGGACAGGAGCUUCGGUAAAAUUAGAGAUUUUACAGCGUUGCACAGAUAUUUCUACAUAACCAUGUUCAUGGAAGACGGUCAGUCCCUGGUGAUUACGGUGGUUUGUCACAAAAAGACGUUUUCGAGGCUGUUUUUCGGAUUUAUCAGCAACGAUGACGGUACCAACAGCAACAUAGACUGGACCGAUUUGAACAUACAUCAAUUCGGCGAAAACGGCAGGGUCACCGAAGAACUGUGUUUUUUAAUAAGAAUCGGUAAAGUCGUGCACACCGUGCAAGUCGUGUGCGAGAGCCAACACUGGUAUCGACUGGAAAAGGGAGUAGUGAGAUGCGAACAGAUCGGCGACUGCUUGGUCGACAACGUGCCGGGCAAGUGUAUGAUCCAGUCGCUGUACAGCGAGACGUCACUGAGGUCGAAAACUUUUUGCAAGCCUCUGAGUUAUUUGAACUAUUAG